UGCCAAGCUCCUCUAGGUCCUCGUCUCUACACUCAUUGUGCUUCAGCCUGCCCUCAUCAUGCUUCCAGUUGUGGUGUCCCUACUGCCCCUUUUAUGGUUCAGUACUGCCCAAAAGUCUGAGCCACUCAGUGACCCCAGUUCCCAACCUUUGUUCCGUGGUGCAGACCGUUAUGACUUUGCUGUCCUGCUGGGCCCUGGAGGAACUGAAUGCUUUUGGCAUUUUGCUCAUCAGGAUGGCUACUUCUACUAUGGGUAUGAGGUUCAGUGGACAUCAGGGAUAAUGCAGAACAAACAUGUUACUGCUUCAGCUUUUACUCCAGAAGGCUUUCAGAUUGAGCAAUCACAGGACACUCGUGGUCAAAUUAACUUCAAGACAAAGGAGACUGGGUUUUAUCAGAUCUGUGUGAACAACUGGCAAAAUAGUUUUGGUCAAGCACAGGUCUACCUAAAUUUCGGGGUAUAUUAUGAUGGUGUUGGGCCAGAACAUGUGGACGAUCAAAAACAAAAGUUAAAUGACACCCUGGUGACUAUUGAGGAAAGUGCACAGAUUGUACAGAACCGGGUGCUUCAUAUGUGGCGGUAUUACAACUUUGCAAGAAUGAGGAAAGGGUCUGAUUACUACAUCCUCCUAUCAAAUUAUCACUAUGUGAAUUGGUGGUCUGCUGUGCAAAGUCUGCUAAUUGUGGCCUCAGGAGUCCUGCAACUUUACUUUCUGAAACGUCUCUUUAACAUGAAAACAACAGACACACAGAAACCCAGAUGUUAAGUAAACACAUACAGCAGUCUCACAUUGGGGGUCAUUUAUCAACACUGGGCAAAUUUACCCAUGGGCAGUGACCCGUGACAACCAAUCACAUUGCUGCAUUCAAUGUUCUACUUGCAGCUGGCUUCAAAAAGCUAAUCACUGAUUGGUUGCUAUAGGUAACUCCCCAUGGGCAAAUUUGCCCAGUGUUGAUAAAUGAGCCCCAUUGUGUCUUGAAGAUCGAUUAAAAUGCUCUGUAUAGCCCAAUUUUCUUUAUAUAAAAAUUAAACAAGCAUGCACCCAGACAGGCCAAAUGGAUGUGACUGUUGUGUCCUGAUUAGUCUUAUUUUGAUUGCUGCAUACAAUCUGACAAAUCUUCUACCCCAGAGCCAGAAUUUAUUCUUGCCAAUGAAAUGUGAAUGUUGCUGGUAAGGGUUAUAGUUAACAAGUGUUUGGGCUGUUUAGGAAGCAUGUGGUCUAAUAAUAGGCAACUUUCUUUUUGCAAUAAACUGAAGACAAGUUAAAGGGGUUGUUCACCUUUAAACUAACUUUCAGUAUGAUGUAGAGAGUGAUAUUCUGAGAUAAUUUGCA